AUGGCCACAAAUUACGAUGACCAACCAAAUCCAGCAAUAGCCAUCCUCGGCGGCGGACCCAGCGGUCUCCUCCUCGCCCGCUACCUCACAAUCCACGCCCCCAACAUCACCUACAAAGUCUUCGAGAAAGGCCCGCGCAACAACUGCGAUGCAACGCAACACGGAACAUGCGACAUGCACCCCGCGCUCGGCAUCCAGGCCAUCAAGGAAGCGAAUCUCUACCCCGAGUUCGAAGCUGUUGCGUGUUUCGACACGCAGUCUAUGGGCAUGUUCGACCACACGGGGGCGGUGAUUACGAAGAACGAAUUGCAGACGCCGCAGGUGGAUGUGGUGGCGUUGAGGGAGAUGUUGGUGCGCUCUGUGCCGGAGGAACGAGUGGAGUGGGGAUGUGAAGUUGCGAGCGUAAGGAAAGACGACGCGAGCGGGGACGUGGUGAUCAGAUUCAAAGACGGCAGGGAAGAACGAGGCUUCAAACUCGUCGUCGGAGCAGAUGGCACCUUCUCCAAGGCCCGCCAUCUCGUCACCCCCGCCACCCCGCACUACUUCAACAUCACCUACCUCCGCACCUCCAUCUCGCCCGCCUCGCGCUUCUGGUCGACCGCCGUCGGCUCCGUCGCAAGCAACACCUACGUCGGCUUCGGGCUGCGCAAGCAGCUGCUCGCGCAAAAGAACCUCUGCACCCACUCCUACACCGUCUACGCCGGCAUCAUGCUGCCGGAAACGUGGGCGGACGCGCGCAUCAACAACCCCGACGCUUUCAGGGAGUACUUGCUCAAAGAGCAGUUUGGGCGCUGGGGUUCGCGCGGCGUCAACUUCCUCCGCUACUCCGAUGGGCCUUUUAGUAUUUGGCGGCACUACGUUAUGUCGCCCUCUUCGCUCUCUUGGACCUCUGUACCCGGUGUAGCCCUCGUGGGCGACGCGGCGCACCCCACUCUCCCCUGGCCCAGCGAAUCGCUGAGUAAUGUCUUAUUCGACAGCCUGGAACUCGGGCGCGAGAUUGCGAAGUUCGGACAUGAAGGGUUGGACAAUGCCGUCAGAGAGUAUGAGCGCAAGAUGUUUCCGCGGCGCAAGGCGUUGAGCGAGAAGUGUCAGCGGCUGGGCGAGUUUUUGUUUGACAAGGAUGCCGAGGCGAUUUGUGAGGUGUUGCUUGCGGCUGGAGGGGAGGGAUUAUGA